UAACGCGAACAACUGUCGUAAAAUGACGCAACCCCUCAUACUGCUGGCCCUCCACUGCUGAACAGGCGUGGAAGUGCAGAAACAUUACUUGACAUAUAUAUAUUGUAUUCUAAUAUUUACUCGUGUUUACCAUACCCAAUCUGGUGCAGUAAAUCCGGAAAAGAUUUGUGACAAUUGAGGAACGCGGUAACGGUAACAGCGACCAAGGAUGUUUAAAAAAUUUGAUGAUAAGGAGAAUGUAUCGAACUGUAUCCAGCUGAAAACAUCAGUGAUCAAAGGCAUCAAAAAUCAGCUCUUGGAACAGUUCCCCGACAUUGAGACAUGGCUGAAUCACAUAAUGCCAAAAAAGGACCCUGUCAAAAUAGUGAGAUGCCAUGAACAUAUUGAAAUCCUGACAGUGAAUGGAGAAUUGCUCUUCUUCAGGCAGAGAGAAGGACCAUUCUACCCAACCCUCAGACUGUUGCAUAAAUAUCCUUUCAUUCUUCCACACCAGCAAGUAGACAAAGGGGCCAUUAAAUUCGUCUUAAGUGGAGCCAACAUCAUGUGUCCCGGGCUGACGUCGCCAGGCGCUAAACUCUACCCAGCUGCUGCUGACACAGUAGUUGCUAUAAUGGCAGAGGGAAAAACCCUUGCACUUUGUGUUGGUGUUAUGAAGAUGUCAGCAGACAGCAUAGAGAAAGUCAACAAGGGAAUUGGAAUUGAGAACGUUCACUAUCUGAAUGAUGGCUUGUGGCACAUGAAGACGUACAAAUGAUGACAUCAACACCUGCACCGCCCGCCCCCACCUUCACCUCCACAUCUCACCCCCAGCUCGUCUGAGCUGCACGUUACCUGUUUACACCUAAGGAUUUAGCUGUGUAACCUGCUGAAGGCUUUGAAUUAUUUUCCAUUAUGCAAAAAUAAAAGAAAGAUCUUGCUUUAAACCUAA